GGUGGAGUGGUGGCUAGCAAGCUAGCUUUUUCAAGAAAUUAUCUUCUGAAUUUUCAGUAAUUGUGCUUGUAAUUCACAAACUGUGAUCCUGUAAGUUUAAACGAGAGUAUCAAAGCUGUCCAAAAUGACGGUGGACGGCGACGAGAAACCGGAACGCGAUCGCAUUUUCAUGGACAUAACGAUCGGAGGCCUACCGUCCGGCCGGAUUGUUUUUGAGCUGUACAACGAUAUUGCACCUAAAACCGCAGAGAACUUCCGCGCCUUGUGUGCUGGGGACGCCGGGAUUGGGAAAGUUACAGGAAAACCUCUCACCUAUAAGGGUAUGCUGUUCCAUCGAGUGGUGAAGGAUUUCAUGGUCCAAGGAGGAGAUUUCACCAAUGCCAAUGGAACUGGUGGCGAGUCCAUUUAUGGAGGCACCUUCGAAGAUGAGACAUUUGAGCUUCCUCAUGACAGGCCAUAUCUGUUAUCCAUGGCUAACAGAGGCAAGGACACCAAUGGGUCACAAUUCUUCAUAACCACACAGCCGGCGCCUCAUCUCGACAAUGUCCACGUAGUAUUCGGAGCGGUGGUGAGCGGCGCGAUGCUGGUGCGGCAGCUGGAGGCUCUCCCCGUCGAUCGCAACUCGCGCCCUCUGCAGGACGCCGUCGUCGCCAACUGCGGUCAACUUGUGCGGUUGAAAGCCAAAAAACGCAAGGAUAAGAAGAGUGAGGAAAGCGAAGCAGAAUCUGAGAAGUCGCAUAAGAAGGAAAAGAAACGAAAGAAGGACAAGAAAGAAAAGAAAAAGAAACGUCAUCAAUCAGCAUCCGCAGACGAGGGUGAAAUAAUUGAACCCUCUCAUCCCCUUGUGCAGACCUCCAAAAUAGAUCCUCGCGAGAUCCCAGAGGUCCCCACUAACAGGUUCCUUAUGCGAGGGGGCAGAGAUAAUGAGAGGGAUAGGGAGAGGGAUAGGCCUGAUCCUAGGAGGGACAGAGAGAGGAUGCGUUACCGUGAAAGGGAUCGUCACAACACCUACACUCGCAGUGGUCGGAUCAUCAAGGGACGAGGCGUUUUCCGCUACCGCACGCCGUCCCGCUCCCGCUCUCGCUCCCGCUCGGCGACCCCGCCUCACUGGCGUCAGGCGCAGAGACGCAUCAUCAAAUUAUCCGAGUUUGAGCGAUCGGAACAGGAACGCGCAGAUAGAGAACAACAGGAAGCGAAGAGUAAGCCGAGCCGACCGGACCCCAAACACACUCGCGAGCGCGGCACUCCGGAGGGACCUUUUGAAGAAAAAGAAGAGGGCGAAUGCGACACUACUCUUGUACGGCCACGUCACGAGAGAAUCGACUAUAACGCCCUGGACUUCGAAGAGGACAUAGAACAUGAUGAAGCACCUACUCACGCCCCGCGCCGGCGCCGCUCCCCGCGCCCCGCGCCCGACUCGCGCGCAGACAUGCUCGCUAUGGCACUCGGAGUGGAUCCUAAGCACGACCAGAGAGAAGUGGAGUCCCGCCACCCUCGCCGCCGCCUCGGCCCCGCCUCCACCGUGGUGGCGGCCGCCCCGCGCCUGUCCUCCGCCGUGGUCGCGGAACCCCUCCGACCCAAGCACAACCAAGGCCACGAGGAGAGGAAACCGGCGGACGGGGAGUAUGACCCCUUCUCCAUGCUGAGGAGCACCUUCCAGGCUAACAAGGCCAAGGAACCUCCCAGAAAAGAAGAACGACCUGAACCCCGUCGCGAACGGCACCAAGAGAAAGAAAUAGAACGGGAACUCAAGGAAAAGGAACAAGACAAAACAAAAGAGAGGGAAAAUAGGCGCGACAGGCACAGGAGCGAGAAAGACGACAGGGAAAAUCGCAAUGAUCGCAAAGACAAAAGGGAAGAGCGCAUCGAGCGACGCUCACGUUCUAAAGAGAGAGAUAUAACUAGAGAUCGCAGUGAGAGAAAGAGAGAGAAAUCAGAUGAUAGAAGGAGGAAAGAUAGUGAGAGCGGUAGGCGCAGCGGAUCCCGUGAUAAGGACAGAAAGAUUGACAAAGAUAGAAAACGCAGUAGAUCCAAUGAGAGAGUGAGAAGGGAUACGGAACGCAGCGAGGAAGACAGGAAUAGAAAGCGCAGCAAGUCCAACGAUCGGAGAGAUAGGAGACGUAGUUCUAACGAAAGGGACAGAAAGCGCAGCAGGUCCCCCGAGAGGGAAAGUGAAAGGAAAAGCAGCAGGUCCAAUGGGAGGGAAAGAGAUAGGAAACGCAGCCGGUCCAUAGAGAGGGAAAGAGAUAGGAAACGCAGCCGGUCCAUUGAGAGGGAAAGAGAUAGGAAACGCAGCAGAUCCAAUGAUAGGAGAGUGAGGAGGGACACGGAGCGCAGCGGGACGCGGGAAGGGGAUAGAGAUAGGAGUGAGAGGAAGAAGCGAUCCAGAUCGAAGUCGAGAAGCAACUCGACUUCUCGACGCGCUAGACGUUCUGCUUCGGGCGGCAAGUCGCCUCAGUAUGAUAAGAAGAAGGACGAGGAGAGGGACGAGGCUCGAAAAGAGCUGAUGGAGAUUGUGCGACUCAUCAAAUCGCGCCAGAAGGAUCGAGAAUCCAAAGCCCAAGGAGCUCAGAAGAAAGGGCGGUCGGGCUCCUCCGCGUCGGACCGCAGCCCCAGUCCACGCCGCCGGUCGCGGUCGCCGUCGCCGCGCCGCCGGCGCUCGCGCAGCCCGCGCCCCCCGCGCCCGCGCCCGCGCCGCUCCGAGGACCGAUAGUGACACCGACACACUUUCACCUCUGAACAAGCCACGAUGACAACAAGACAAUGUUUGUUUAAGCACAGAAUCCAUACUAAUAUUAUCCUCGUGAGUCUAAAUGUACAUUAAAAUGUACUUAUUCAUUGCAAUCUAAUUUGAACCUUUUGAUGAAACAAAUAGAGUAGUUAUCUCUGCAGUUUACUGUGCAAGUUUACCUAUAAUGAAAAUGCCCUUAAAUUUAAAAUUGUAUUUGUUUAUCCUGGUAAGGUCCAAUGUGCAUUAAAAUUUACACUCCGUUUCAAUCUAAUAACAUUUCAUAACCAAAAUAAAGUGGCAUUUCGUUUUGAAACAAACAAUAUUCAUCCCAAUUUACUAUACAACAAGGUUUAAAUAUAAAUUGGAGAAUUUUGUAUGGUGGGCCUUACGAGGUUAUAACUGCUUUCAUGUUUACUUCGAGUCGUAAAAGAGAUCAUUUUGACUUUGAAUUAAGUAAUAAUAUAUAUGUGGUCAUAUUUUACUUUUUAUUUUCGAUAUUUACAAAUUUUCUGUUAUUAAAUAGUAGUAACAUAGUAGGUAAGGCAAUGUUCUUAUAGUUUAGGUGUAUUUGAGACCAAUCAUUUAGCGCCACUUCCACCAUUCCACUAACCCGGGGUUAAGCGGUUAAACCGUUAACCCGGUGUUAAAUUAUACUGGUAACCAUGGUAAUCCCAGGUUUAACCGGUUAACCCCGGCAUAGUGGAAUGGUGCAAGUGGGUUAUUCGUGGUAAACUUAGUCCAUACAAAAGUAUAAAUAUGUAGUACACAAGAAAUGUAAGCCAUAAAG